AACGCAAAUCAACUUAUAAACACAUACAUAUUUAUGACGGCAAAUGAGUUGUAAAUAAUUGGGGUUUACAGCGGGAAAAGUAGGCUAUGACCCAUCUUGCUGAGACCUCAUGAGCGGUGGGCGGUAUUGAGCCUUACUGUGAGAUCCGAUACCCAUAUGUUACUUGCUUUCCGACUUUAGAGUAGGAGCCUGUCGAGGACAUGGUCAUCCCUGCAUUUUUCCAUUGUAAACGGAAACGACGCCAGACUACACCACGAAGACAAGAGGGGGACACGGUCCGCAGAAGAAAUUGAUUUAGUCUACAGACAUCCAACGAAAACCGCAGGAAGCUAUAGGAGUGAAAGUGAGAUUGCUUACGACAACCGAUGGUCUACAUACAUUCUGCGUUUUAAGGAGGCUGUCUGUUUGGAGUUUUUCAGAUAAGUCGAAAUUACUGAAACAUUUGAUGCGAAACUCUUGUCUUGUAGAUUGCUGUAGGCCCCUAUUGCUACAUCUGGAAGAUUAUCCUAAUCCCAUACAGAUGUGGCCCAUGUAACUUCUGUAACAUGACAAGUGAUAGUGUCCAUGAUUGUCAGACUAAGACAACUGGUAUUCAUUUUAUCCUGGCUAUUGCUUCAUGACUUCAUCUGCUGCUCGAGACAUUGUGCACCCUGGGGUUGUGAGCUGUGCCAUUUUUGUUGGGGAGUAAUUAGACCAGCAUACUCCUUAAAUGGUCUCUACAUGAGGAAGAAGUAAAUUUGUUGUUUCGCUUUUAUAACUGUUUCUGAUUUUGCUAAAAUGAAAUGCCCAAUCCUUUACUGUUGUUUGGUGAUGCUGGCAAUAGCUAAAAGCAUUUCAGAAGUUUUGCCACAAGCGGACACGCAGCUCAGAGGAAUGCACAGGCAGGCAUAUAGAAAGAGUAGUCAAAGUCAGCACUCCGACACUGUGAUCAAAAGGCACAUUGAAAACAUUGCGAAAUCUGCUGGCGGUGUUGCAGGACCCACCACCUCAGGGAACAGUGGACCGUUCAUAAAGCCUCAGGGGAACAUGAGCCUGGACCCAUUAAGCACUGCACAGGCCGGUAGGGUGCAGAAAAAUAGGAGGCCACCCCACCCCAGAAAAGUGGCCCCUACCAACAGUGCCUCUAUAGACCACAGUGGACCUCAGCCUGGCCAUUUAACCUCACCAGCUCGUCAACAUCUCAACAUAAGCGCCUCCAUCAGCGUUUUGGCCAAGUUUGCAGGAAGGAAUCGUCUGCUCCUUAUCUCCGCACCACGUAAGUCAGAUAGCUACUACCAGCUGCUGAGGAGUCAGAUGAAAGCGCAUGCGUACUGUGAGAUGGCGGAGCGGCACAUGCAUCAGAUCGUCGUGUUCCACCAGGAGGGCGAGGCUGGAGGUGUGGUGCGACACAUCACCAAGCAGGGCGCCGUUAUAGAGGAGCCUUUAGAUGCCACUCUUGUGCCACAGUUGAUGGACUUUCUGAAACUGGAGAAGGGUAAAUUUGAGAUGGUUCUGCUGAAGAAGACCCUGCAGGUGGAGGAGCGGUACCCAUACCCUGUGAGGCUGGAGGCCGUGUACAGGGCCGUCGAUCAGGCGCCCGCACGGCGGCUGGAGAAAGUGAGGCAGGAAGGUUUCGUUCAAACGUGUAAGGAGUCUGGGGUGGCGGGCCAGGUAGUAAAAUCUCCACGGUCAGUGCCAAAAAGUCCUAAGAUACAGCUGGACUCAAACAGAGAUGACAAGGGAGCUUUGAUCAAAUCUACAGCCAUCAGCACCAUAGGACAAAAAACAACUAUCACCAGUUCCACGACUAUAACAACUCCCUCAGCCCCGCACGCCGUCACUUCAACGACUGCUACUGCUCUGAACAACGACCCCAGCAAUGCACACCGUCUCCCAAGUGCGUCAGGUAUGCCCACUGUUGAUCCAUUUGACCACCUCUCUACCAAAAAUGUUCAGAGUGACAGCUAUCAGCCAAACACUAUCACUUACACCCCCACUUACAAUACUCACAAAACUGAGUUUUCCCUCGAUCGAGUUCACAACCAAUCGGAUAACAAUACAGAGCACACUGUGAGUGAAGUUACGAAGCCCAGUAUGAAGCUGAAUGUGUCACAUGAGAAGAAGCGACAAGGAGAGGGCACUGAGAAGGCCACAGCCAUAAAUAUCCAAGACGAGAUUAUCAGACAAAAAGGUCAAUUCAAAACUGGGAAAAUUGAAAAGAAACAAAAGUCUGAAAAGACAGAGAAAACACAGAAAAAGAGCAAAGCACCCAAGAAACCAAAAGCUGCAAAGUCAGGUGAGAGUGCUAAAUAUCCUGAGAAAAAGCCAUUGGGCGAAGACAUUGAUGGCACCUUGAAAUUAUCAGACAAAAUAUCUGCUAAGAAGAAGUCUCUGGACAGAUUUGUCAGUUAUUUUGAAAAGAGGAGAAGAUUAAUUGUAGUAACUGCGCCCACGGAGCACAACCGAAUGUAUAAGCAGCAGAGGGACGAGUAUCUUGAGCACGUGUGUGAGAUGGCCCUCAGGAAAGUCUCCAUCAUUACAAUCUUUGGCCCUCUCACCAAUGGCACCAUGAAGAUUGACCACUAUCAUAUGGAGCAAGAUAAACCAAUGAGGGGGUUGCAGGAUGAUGACCUUGUUAAUCAUGAGCUCAUCAUGGCCUUUCGUAGAGAGCUAGGAAUGACACAUGAUGACUUCUACAUGGUGCUUACUGACUUUGAGAUCAAAGUCAAGCAACAAUAUGAAGUGCCCAUUGCCAUGAAGGCUGUGUUUGACUACAUGGAUACUUUCACAUCACGCAUUAAUGAGAUGGAACAACAGAAAAAACAGGGCGUGAUGUGCAAGAAAGAGGACAAAUCAAGAACUUUGGAGAACUUCCUUUCACGGUUCCGCUGGAGGCGCAGGCUGUUUGUGAUGUCCUCCUCCAGUGAUGAUGAGUGGGCCUACCAACAGCAGCUGUACACCCUAACCAGCCAGGCCUGCAACCUAGGUUUACGUCACAUGGCUGUGCUAAGACUAGUGGGGAAAGAGAGACAGGACGCAAGUGGAGUUCUAGAAUUAUACCCCAUCAAUGGAAGUGCUUCAGUGGAGAGGGAGCACCUCUCUGCCUCACUGGUGAUGGACAUCAGAAACUACUUCCAGAUCAGCCCAGAGUCCUUCUCCAUGCUCCUGGUGGGGAAAGAUGGGAAUGUGAAGUCGUGGUAUCCCUCUCCAAUGUGGUCCAUGUCCACCAUCUACGACCUGGUGGAUUCCAUGCAGCUGCGCAGACAGGAAAUGGCCAUCCAGCUCUCCCUUGGCAUGCGUUGCCCCGACGACGAGUAUACCCAUCAUGAAGGUCACCGUGAUGGCUACCAUCGGGGUUAUGGUUAUUAAGAGUAACACAGUAUAGGAAGUCUGCUUUUGGUCAGUUUUCAAUGUACUGGGUGUACCCAUUUAAGGGGGGUGCACAAUGCGUCAUAGCUACAGUGCAAUUCUAGGCAUUUGGUGUGCACAUUGGUAUUGGCAGACAUGCUAUUGCCUAUAAGGAUGCAUAUCAUCAAAAUGAGUUUGAAGCCAUUAUGUUGAGGUUAAAGUAUAUUGUUAAGUUAAAGUAUAAAGUUAAGUUAAAGUAUGUUGUUUUAAUGGACAUGAACUUGAUCCCUGGUGUAUGAUAAACUAUCCAGGGUUCCCACUCUAGUGUUAAUUUCGUCAGACGAGACGAGAGGAAAUAUGUUCGUCAACAACCUUU